CGCAUCCCAGAGAAAACAGAGAGACCCCAUCGGAAAGACCCAGCAACAACAGCUCCAAGCCUAUCUGUCUGUCUGUUUUGUCUUGUCUGUCCGGUCCGGUCUGGUCUGGUGGGAAGCACUAUCGAAGCUCCAUUCGAACCAGUUGAGAGUGAGCGGCGAAUCGAACCGGACGCCUACUGAAAACGCAGCCCCGACUGAACGAACCAACCUGCGAUCAGGUCCAGUCGCGACGCGUCGAUCGUUGCUGGUGCGUUCCAUUGCAGAGCAAAACUUGAAGAAAGUGACUCAUGUUUGCACGUAUACCUAUUCGCUUGAGAAACUGGUCUUGCUGCGUUGCUGCUGCUGCUGUUGCUGCUGGUAGAAAGCAGUGGACAUGUUUUGUUGUGCAACAUCGCGCCUCGAUAUCGUAACAUUCUGCGCUGUUUUGGGCGAAUAGAAUGUGAUUCAUAGGAAGUUGGUGGAUUAAAUCGAAAAAGAAUGUGGAUUAAUAAUCGCGCAGCUGGGGUUUUGGCGAUCGUCAUCGUCGUCACGGUACUUGAUCAAGUUGCGGCAGUCAAUUUGGUGGCUUACAUAUCGCAGUAUGGACUACAUGGGGAGAUAUCUUUUGCCCAGCACUCUGAUCGACAGGUUCAGAUAAACUCGGAUUUGGAAACAACUCUUCAAUAUCCAGAUCAAGCGUGGAGUUGGGGCGUGUAUCAGCUGCCAGUGGACUACACGAUCGUGGAUGGACGGGAAAGAUGUGACCCGAAGCAGCUUGGAGAACAGUUGUGGUCGUUUGACGAUGACUUGGGAUUCCUCACGUUGCCAGGAAAUGAGUCUGUUACGUGGUUGAGCGACAUUUCACUGACCGGGGAAAAGGGUCUGUGGGGUAAGUCUCUGGUGCUGUUUGAUCCAAACAGCGGAUUUAGGAUCUGUGCGACCAUUACGACCCGAGACGGAUCUCAGGAUCACAUUGCCGAAGCAAGGUUCAACAGUCCCAUAACGGGAUCGAUAUAUUUCCGUUGGUUGGCGGCUAAGGAAACCAACCAUUCGGAUACUUUGAUCUAUUCAAAUCUGUUUCACAUCAGGGAGCAAUCCAGGAAGCUAAACAAUCCACCCUUUACCGAACACUCCUGGAAGAUCUACGUGACGGACAUCUUUGAAAAUGACAACGCCGAAGAAAACUGCAACAAACUCCAGUUGGUAUUUGAUCCACAAGUUCGAGGCACUGGCAAAGCUAUCGGCGACAUAGAUACCCGCCUUGGAAACCUAAAAAUCACCACAAACUCACAAAAGAGCAAAUUUCCCCAGUUAUUCAACGAUCGUGAGCUGGUCCUUCUCCCUAGUGACCUGUAUGGACCAUCUCGGAAGCUCUACGUAGUGAUCUUUGACCCCAUUCAUCCGGAUACGUUCCUUGCUUGCUCGAAAAUUCGUCACUUGAAGGCAAAAUCAGCUCGUGCUCAGGUCAAUGGCCAAGGAAUGCAUGGGGAAAUCCGUUUCCUCCAGCGAUCUCGUUUUGAACCUACCUGGAUCAAUGCAUCUUUCUCAUCCGUUACCAACAGUUCCGAGGACAACAUCAACUACGCCAAAGAUGUCGCUAGUUUUAAGAUCAAUCAACUACCUCUACAGUCGUACUCAGCAUAUCAGGACACCUUCUGUCAAACAUCUGGACCAACCUUCAACCCAGCCAACGUCGAAAUGCAAAACAUCCCUCCACCUGGUUAUGGAACGCAAGAUCAGUACCCAAUUGGGGACCUUACCGGGAAGCUAACCAGCCGCAACAAGCGAGAAACACACCGGAUGUUCCUCCCAGGGACGAGCGCCGAGCUAAGUGGAUUCUACUGGGAUGCCUUCCUUCCGCUUCAGGGAAGGCAUAGUGUAAUUCAUCGAGGCUUCGCCGUUCAGCGGUUCAAUCGUACUGAUCCAACUAACAUCACCCACACGCCAUGGGCUUGUGGGCCAGUCACCCUCUACGAGAUCAGUCGCCCCUAUCAGAUCCCAAUUGUGACCGCUCAGGUUCUGUUCCGGUACCCGAUCGUUGGAAGAAUACUCUUCCGGCAGGUCAAAGACGAGUUCUGGAGCGAUACGGCAGUGAUCUUCGAGUACCUGAUCCAUGCCGAUGGCUCAACCGUGAAUAAUACAGCCGAUCAUCGAUGGGCCAUAACGGAUCAGCCACCGGGGAAGGACUUUUAUGACUGGCAGAACAGGUGCGUUAGCUCCGGUGGAAUCUUCAACCCCCAGAAGGUUUCAGUUGGGGUGUCAAACUGGGAGGAACGAUGUGCUGCGCAUUCUCCGGAACUAUGCCGCAUGGGAGAUCUCUCCAAUCGAUUGGGGUUGUUGGAUAUCGCAGGCGGUAAAGCAGAUGCUAGUCGUAUCAGUAGAAAGAUGUUCGUCGAUCAAAAUUUACCUCUGAGUGGGUUUGGGAGUAUCAUUGGACGAUCGGUUGUGAUCUUUGAUGAUCACGGACCGAAGGCCAGAGGUGAACGAUUGGCGUGUUCGAUAAUCGGAGGGUACCACCGAAGGAAGGUGGUUGCAAGAGACUGGUACUCCAAUGGAGAUCCGUUAACAAUCAAAGGCAAGCUGGAGAUGAUACAGCAGUCCGAGUAUGACAUGACGAACGUUGAGGUCGAUUUCAAAGGUCUAAUAGAGAACAGCGGCUACCAUGUCCAUAUCGCUCCCGUCGAAGGUGAUCUGCAGUUUCCGUGUGAGGAUUCUACCGUCUACGGACACUGGAAUCCUCGCUCCGUGGAUCCAAAGCAUUCGCCACCACCAGCACAGGGCAGCACCGAUCAGUACGAGCUAGGGGACCUCAGCGGAAAGUUCGGUACCCUUGACGGAGUCUCUAUGUACGAGCAGACGUACAACGACUCGCGGCUACCUCUGUACGGUUAUGAAAGCAUCAUCGGGCGCUCGAUCGUGGUCCACAAGAAAAAGAAUAACCGCCGAUGGGCGUGCAGCACUCUGGAACGAGGCUACAGUCCAAGUGAAGCUCGCGAGAUACGAGCGAUCGCAUCGUUCCACCAUCCAGCGGGGUAUGCUUACGGAUACAUCCGGAUGACGCAGCUGAUCGGAAACGAUGGCAGUCAGAGCGAUACGAUCAUUGAAGUGAAGUUGAGAUAUCCAGGAAAGCAUGAUCGAAACAUGACCUCCAAUCACAAUUGGCACAUUUGGGUCAACCCAGUGGGUGUUGACGCUACAGUUAAGCAAGUUGAGACACGAUGCGUCGCAGCAGGAUACGUUUGGAAUCCAUACUACACGCAGCUAGCGGAUCCAUUGAACCAAGAUUUGUACCGCCAGGAAUGUGGUCCAGACAAUCCCCUCAGGUGUUACGUAGGUGACGUGUCCGCCCGGCUAGGUCCCAUCGACAUCGGAGGUCGUCGGAUGGUGUUCAGUGAUAGCAAUUUCCCAUUGGAAGGGACGCAAAGUGCCCUGGGAAGGGCGAUCGUUAUAUUUGGACCGGAAUUUUCAGGUGAUCGCUUCGCCUGCGCAAAGAUUGAACCAGAUCACGACAUCGUCAAGUAUAUCAACCUGAAAAAGCCACCGCGGUUCGUGGUGACACAGUUUUUGGAGGACGUCCGAGCCGUGAUGGGACUGCCCGAGUGGAUGCUGGCGAUCGAUUCACGCAGCACCAAGACACUGCACAACGACGCUUGCAUUCAGAUGAUCAUACAUUUCAAGGGUCCGAAUGCGUUCCAAAUUGAGCAAGACUUUUCGCGGCUCUUGGCUAGCGGAAGACUGGAUAGCCCGACGAUUUACAUACCUGGGUAUGUAAAUAGCAAGCGGAAGAAGACACUGUCCUACCGUACCUGUGGAGUGCGUGACCCGAAUGAAAAAGAUAACCGGAAAGGUUUCUUUAGCAGCGGCAGUGGUGUUGUAGAAUACUCAUUAGGAUUACUGUUAUUUAUAAUAACCAUCAAUCGUUUUGUUUAGAACAUGUUGUGAUAGAAAAGGAUAGGCUUUACCAAAUACAUUGCUCAUCCAAAUUUAAA